UAAGAUUAUGCGGUUCAGUCUGUUUGUUUACAAUUCGCGAGCUAGUUGAUAAUUUCAAAAGAUCAGCUUUUACAAUAUAUUAUUUGUAAGUUUAAAAGCAUAAUCUAGUUUUCUUAUACUCGAAGUGAAGCUCAUGUCGGAGAAAUAAUGUCCAGUUCUUAUGCAAUGUGUUGAUGCCUAUAGUGUGCAUUUGGUUGUAUAGACUCGAAAGUGUAACAUGUUAACUGACCAUGGCAGCAAAGUUUAAUUUUUAUGUUAGAACGUAAUAAAAUAUCCUCCAAAUUACAUAGAGUAGCUGUUAGAGUGAGUCGUUCAUUACCAUUCUUUGCCUCUAACAAAUCUCAAUCCGGAUCGAGUGGAGAUUAUAGUGUAGCCAACCAGCAGAAUUUGUCGUUUUCGGAACCACCUUCCUUAUCAGAUGGCUUGUCCUCGGUUGCUGGUUCCAGUGAUUCGACCAGUAUUGUCAACAAUACUAGAAACUCGAUCAAUUUCACCAGUACUCCGAAGCUGGGUUCGGAUCGUAGCUCUAAAAACGGUUCCCAACUGUACUUGGCAUCGGGUGGAAUAUUAACGAUUUCCGGCGCUGGUCCUGGUCCUGGUCCAGGAGGAACGAAUGAGAACAACCAGUUGGAUGACGGGGAUACUGUAACGGUGAUUGAAAAUCCAUCCCAGCUUGAGGUAGAAUCGUCGAGAUCCCCACUGACCAGUGCAAGUUCAUCGGUGCGUUUGAGUUUGCUUCCAUGGAAUACUCACAAUCGAGCCUCUAUGGUUCCAGCCAGCAUUUCUGUUACAAUUGACAUGAUGGCUGCUAGUGAUGGAACACUCCGGCCGGGUGAGAUUGUUAUGCGAACUCUUUUUACCGAUUUCACUAUUCAAGCUGAGAAAAAAAUUGAAAAUGUCAUGUUGGAGAGCUCUGAUAAAAAUUUAUCCAAAUUACUUCAACGAGGAGAAGACUUUCAAUUCGAUCAGCUGUUACAAGCUCUGGGAUCCGUGGCAGAGCACUGUUUGCCUUCAUUACUGAAAGCCCUGCUGGCUUGGCAUCGGCAUCAGAUUUGUGAUGGAGAUAUUAAAAGAGACUACAAACGCUACGAGUCUGAGCGUCAACCUAUAUCGGUCAAAUCCAGCAACGAACUCGAGUUCCAGCUUCAACGGCGCGAAGCAGCAGUGGAGUUUAUUUUCUGCUUGGCAUUGAUUGAGAUCUUGCGGCAGUUUUCGUUCCAUCCAGGUCACGAUGAUAUUGUGAAGAACAUCGAAAAUCUGGCCUUCCGUCAGUUCAAGUACAAAGAAGGCAUGCAGGGAUCGCCGAAUGCUCAGUACAACCACAUGAUUGCCGACCUGUACGCCGAAGUGAUUGGAGUUUUAGCCCAAUCCCGUUUUGCCUCGGUGAAAAAACGGUUCAUGACGGAAUUGAAAGAACUCCGCAGUAAGGAACCAAGUCCUCAUGCCACGCACAGUAUUAUCAGUCUUCUCAUGGGGAUGAAAUUCUUCCGUGUUAAAAUGGCGCCUAUAGAGGAAUUUGAGGCUUCAUUCCAGUUUAUGCAUGAAUGUGCUCAGUAUUUCUUAGAAGUCAAGGACAAGGAUAUCAAACAUGCCAUGGCUGGAUUAUUCGUCGAAAUAUUGGUACCAGUAGCAGCGGCAGUUAAAAAUGAAGUGAAUGUUCCAUGUGUGAAGAAUUUUGUCGAUCUACUGUAUUCGCAAACACUGGACGCGUGCACCAAGUCCAAACACAAGCUGGCAUUGUUUCCACUGGUCACCUGUUUGCUGUGUGUAUCUCAAAAGUCCUUCUUCCUCAGCAACUGGCAUUGCUUUUUGGCGAUGUGUUUGAGUAAUCUGAAAAAUAAAGACCCCAAAAUGAGCCGUGUGGCACUGGAAUCCCUGUACCGUUUACUGUGGGUGUACAUGAUUCGCAUCAAGUGUGAAUCAAACAGUGCAACACAUUCACGUUUGCAAAGCAUCGUAAAUUCUUUGUUUCCGCGCGGAUCUAAAGCAGUCGUUCCCAGAGAUACCCCCCUGAAUAUUUUUGUGAAAAUCAUUCAGUUUAUUGCCCAAGAACGGUUGGACUUUGCAAUGCGUGAUAUUGUGUUUGAGUUGUUGUGUGUGGGAAGGCCCAUCAAAAUUAUCAUGACACCAGAACGCAUGAACAUCGGUCUGAGAGCAUUUCUGGUAGUAGCUGACUCUCUCCAACAGAAGGACGGUGAACCGCCGAUGCCACGCACUGUGGGCGUUUUACCUUCGGGAAAUACACUACGGGUGAAGAAAACCUACCUAAAUAAAAUGUUAACUGAAGAUACUGCUAGAAGCAUCGGGAUGUCUAAUUAUUUCCCACACGUAAGGCGUGUUUUCGUGGAUAUACUUAGGGCUCUUGACAUACAUUGUGGGCGGCCUUUAAUGAUGACGAUAAAUCAAAACUUGAACAAAGAACCGGACGAAAUGCUUACUGGAGAGCGAAAGCCACGUAUCGAUCUAUUCCGCACGUGCGUAGCUGCCGUCCCAAGGAUCAUACCGGACAACAUGACUGGACACGAAUUGGUUGAUAUGUUAUCUAGACUAACGAUCCACAUGGAUGAAGAAUUACGUGCUUUGGCGCAUCAAUCGUUGCAGAUCUUGGUAGUAGAUUUCCCCGAUUGGCGUCAAGAUGUGAUACAGGGAUUUACUCAGUUCUUAGUUCGAGAUGUUUUGGAUACAUUCCCCCAUCUCUUAGACAACGGAAUGCGUAUGCUGUUUGCACUCUUGACAGUUUGGAAGAAUGGUUUAUGCAAUAAUGCACAAAAUAACAGCAAUAAUAAUACGCUGAAUACGAAAACACAUUCCAACACUGCGGCAGCUCAACGCAUUAGUCAGCAACAACAGGCCGCGCAGCAGCAGCAGCAAUUGCUAGCGGGCGGAGGCACAUCGCUGAAUGCUGCGACGAUUAAUUCUAACUCGAGUGCCAGCUCUGGUAUUUCAUCGAUUACUCAUACCACGACAGUGCCAGUUACUAUUACCGGUGCUGCUACAGAUACAACUAGUGGGCAUGGAUCCGGAACGACGUCUUCUGCGGCCAGUGCGGCGGGAAAGAAAAAUCACGAAUUACCGCUGGCUACGACAAUGCACAUGGUGGAAGGAUUUGCAUUGGUAAUGCUAUGUAAUUGUCGACCUGCGCCGCGGAAGUUUGCCGUAAACAUUCUCAAAGAAGUGAAAAAUCUCAUGAAAGCGCUAGGAUUGGUGGAAAAUGAGCCUCCACUUAUCGAUGUUAUUGACAAAUGCUGCCCACAGGUUCUGGAAAAGUGCCUCCAUAUGCUCCCGCAGGCUGACCGAACGGCCAUGCUGAAUGCCAACGUUAUCGACCUUCAAUGGAUUGUGGACCGGAACAGUGGCAUCUGGACAGUUGGUCACAUCGAGGACUCUGCCAAAGCCUCAACCCUAACCCUGUGUCAAUCGCAGUUUUCCGGACAACCAUCCGAUCCGUGGAGUGUUUGCCUGUUUGGGUUCAUGGAACGGCAGCACGUCCUACAGCACUGUCCUUCAGCGGUGGCCCAAGCAUGGCCAAUAUGCUACCAACGAGUAACAAGUUUGUUUAACGUGAUUGAUCCUACUCCCGUUAGCGACAAUCGGGCAUCGUUGCUGCGAAGCUCGGCACCGCCGAAAAAACCUCCAUCGGAGGCCCAGCGCGAUAGUUUGGCGCACCUGUGGAAAAAUCAGGUGGCAUUAGCUAUGCGGUUGGUCCCUCAAAUGCCAAGCGUUGCCAUAAGAUGCGCCUCGCCAGAUCUCAGCCUCAGUCUGCAUGAUCAAUCGGAUUCCCGCUCGUUGUCCGAUUCGUUGGACAACAUCCCGUCAUCGGUGUUCGGACCGGAAGGAAUUGUGACACGUUUCACCCUACCUCUAUCCUAUGGCCGCAAAGACGCCAGACAUAAACGACAAGGAUACCAUCAGUUUUAUAUGGGGCUGGUAUGUGCCGAUACAAUCAACCAGCUGACAGAAAUAUUGACAGAACUCGAGAUGACCAAACAAAAGAUUCAUCGGGAGCUACAGGUUGCUCCAUUCGGAAUAACUACUUGUCCGAGGAAGCUUCGAAGGAACCGGCGGUGUAAAACGGGGAAAGUUACAACAUGUUCAUCUACGACAAAUAUCUCUUCGCCGGAUUCUCUGUCAGCCGACAGGAGUGACAAAUCUAGCGGUGCCACAGCCUCACCCGUGGCCCUGUACAAGCUGGUGAUUCCCUUGUUGCGUUGUGAGGUAACGGACAUCCGGGAUUCAGCCGUCAACGCGCUUGGCCUCAUCAACCAUGAUGCUCUGAAGGACCUAAUGGAAGAGCUGGUCGUGUACAUCCGGGAGGCCAUCGAUCGCAAGCAGGAAAAUAUGCGCCGGAGGAGACGGCGAGACGCUUUGCGGCUUCAGUUGGUGCGGGUUCUGGAAAAAAUCGUCGAAAAUGGCACUUUCGGCAUAAGUCCCUUUGUACUGGAAAGAGAGUCCAUGUCCCUGCAUCCGACCUUCGUCGAGUACAUCGACGGUGCUCGGCUGUACUUGGAGGCGGAAACGGAUAAAGAUAACACCAGCAUGCGUGAGGUGAAAACUCAUUUCUGUGAUUUCAUUCGGAAAAUGAUUAAAAACUUUUCGCUCGAAUCCUGUGCCACGCUCCUGACUCGGGAGCUGAAGCGAAAUCUGGUUAAUUUGUUUGCCUGUUGGAGCGGACCCUACGCGGUUCCAUUUGGCGGUGGCGUUGGUGUUUCUAAUAGUGCUCCACAUCAUACCAUUAGCAGCAGCACCAUCAGCAGUAGCUUUUCCGCUGAUGAGGAAAAGCUUCAGUUCAGUGCAUUACAGGCAACGUCGGCCGUUCUCUGCUGUGGUCCGUGCUUUGAUCCGAGUCAUCUCUCCGAGGAUGGCGCCAUCUACAACUGGCUGGAUAUGCUGAUGGCAUCGAAAGAUGAAAAGAUCUACAAUUUGGCCAAGGAAACCGUAGUUUUGUUGCUCGAGUCCAAUCCCGAUAUCGGUCAGUUGCUAGAAUGGGUCAUCGAUCGAUGCUACACGGCGUAUCCACGAGAAGCCGAUGCAUGCUUCCUGGCUUUGGCGGUCAUUUUCAGUGCACGAGAGUAUCCCUGUGACCAUUACACGUCCGUCAUCAACGUGACCCUGCUGAUGACCGGAUGUCCCCGCGUUGAGGUUCACUCGACGGCCCUGCAGCUGCUGCAGAUCCUCGACAAGCGCUUCUUCGGCAAUGUCGGCCCCAUGCUGUCCGAGAACGAUAGAGAGCUGGACAAAGUGGGACUCGAUGCGAUUCUCAGCGGUGCCUACUGUCGAUCGCAAAUGUAUCUGUCCCGGCAGAUGGCGCGUUUGCGGCCGGAACUGACAAUGUCCAUGUUCUCAGAGAUAACACACCGGUUCCAAACGGCCCGUUCCGAGGUUCGAGCUCUGCUGCUCCAGUGUCUGCUGCCGUGGUUGGAAAAUGUCGAAUUGGUUGCUUCCAGCGUUCCCCCGGCGACUCCGCUCUCCUACAUCAUGUACUAUCCGGACUCGGGGGCACGUGGACGUCGCGAGGGAUCCGGUUCCACCGAGGCGACCGAAAUGAUUCUGAACAACUUGUUCUAUAUCACGGCAAAGUUCGCCGAUUCGCAUCCCUACAUCGAGGAGCUUUGGGGAACCCUGUGUCAGUUCUGGCCCAACAACCUCAAAGUGAUUCUCCGAUACCUGCUAAUCAUAUCCGGAAUGGCCCCGAAUGAGCUGCUUGCCUACGCCAAAAGAGUGGCCCUCUACCUGGCCAGAUCUUGCACCAAUCGACUCCUGGACGAGCUGAUGAGCGAGCUGCAAACGGUGGAAACGCUGAACUGCUUAAUUGAGCGCACCGAAACUCCGCCAUUCUAUCGGCUAACGAGUAUGCGGAAAGCGUCCAGCCAUUCGGAUGGGCCAGCUUCGGGCAACAACGAUCCCAAAGUUCACGACGUGGGCGUCGAGAAGGGCACAAUCCACACCAAACGCCACAGCGGCGAGGAUCCAAUCAAAUCCGGGACAUGCAAAUCGGACAGCGCCCUGCGAGCCUUCGCCAGCAGCAGCUAUCGACCGCCGAGAGGAAGCGACAAGAUCCGCACCGCUUCCGGUCCCUGUGUGUUGCCCCGCCACGAGGACGUUAUGCUGAUGAACGAGUCCGAAAUGAACCAGGAGGAUAAUUUUGCCCAACUGACGCGGUCCAGCAACGAGCAACAACCGACGGCUCCGCAUCCGCUUCCGAUGCCCGAGUAUGGGGGGUAUUUUGCGCCGCUGACCGAAUUCCUUCCGGAUGCAACGAGUCCGAUCAGUGGAUUCCACCGGUGCAAUGUGGCCGUCAUGCUGCUGACCGACAUCGUGGUCGACGGAAUUCCCGGCCUCGAUUGGACCCUGCACGUGCCACUGAUGUUGCACAUUCUAUUCCUCGGAUUGGACCACACGCGGCCCAUCGUUCGGGAUCACUGCAAAAAGCUGCUGCUGAAUUUGCUGAUCGUCCUUGCAGAGCAUAACGAUCACUUGAACGUAGCCAAAAUCCUACUCAACAGUGACACAUCAAAAUUACGGCUGGGCCUGAGUGUACCCUCGUUACCAGUAAUCGAUCAUAACUUCACCGAAACAGACCAGGAGUUUGACAGUUACCUGUUUGGGUUGAACAAUAGCAACCUACCGCAGGCAACUCUAUCUCCGGCUUCUAAUCAACCGAACGAGGAAACACCGGUCCCCACAAUUAUAACGGAAGAAAACGCUCCUCCUCAGCCGGGUCCCCUAAUGCCGACAGCCCACGUCAUCAAGAGCCUGAUCCGGUUCCUCUCCCAGGACAACAACGCUCAGCCGUUGUGGAACUACGAAGACAUCACCGCGAAGGUGUGGACUAUUAAGUCGGCGGAACAGUUACAGUGCUUCCUCCGGCAUAUCGUGAAGGUGUUCUCGGACAGCUAUUCUCACGCGAGAAUCGCCGAACGAUGGGCCCAAACCGCCCUGCAGCUAGGACUGAGCUGCUCCUCGCGGCACUAUGCCGGACGAAGUUUGCAAGUGUUCCGCUCGCUCAAUGUGCCGAUCAAUUCGCGCAUGCUGAGUGACAUUCUAUCACGGCUGAUCGAAACCGUCGCCGAACAGGGAGAGGACAUGCAGGGAUACGUAACGGAGCUGUUACUCACGCUGGAGGCCGCAGUCGAUAGUUUGGAUUCGGACUUCCGUCCGCUGGAUGUUAUGAAGGACAUCUUCAAGAGUACCCCGAACCUGAACAACAAAGAUGGUGCCAUCUCAAACGUGUUGUACUGCAGCAAAAGGUCUGCCGAUGGUUUGGCAGGAUCGCCACAAAUUAUGACUAAUGUCGUAACUGGAGGGCACACACGAAGUACUAGCUAUUCAAUUUCGUAUUGUUCGAGAAAAGCAGCCAAUUCUCCGAUAGAUAAACAGGUUGAGCUACGCAACCGCGCAAAUGCAAUCGAGUUGGAGCGUAACUCCAACAAGUUUGGAUCAUCACUCUCUCGCUCUCGCAGCGCUCAGAGUCUGAAGUUGUUGGGCGAUACUGCCACCCAAGAUGACAAGAUGACCAUUCUAGCGCAACUGUUUUGGCUUGCCGUUUCGCUGCUUGAAAGUGAUUAUGAGCAUGAAUUUUUGCUCGCUCUACGGUUAUUGACAAGGGUAUUACACAGGCUUCCUCUCGAUCGACCCGAUGCUCGAGACAAAGUAGAGAAACUGCAACAACAACUGAAAUGGUCAACCUACCCUGGGGUGCAUGCUUUGCUACUGAAGGGUUGUACUCAUUCCACAACUUAUGAACCGUCAAUAGCAGUACUGUCUCAACUGGCGCCACUUUUGAAUCUUCCGGUUUGCGAUCCAACUCAAAGUUGUGCAUUCCCGAUGAAUGUGAUCGCUUUGCUACCGUACAUGUUGCUACACUACGAGGAUGCCAAUGAAAUCUGCAUACGCAGUGCCGAAAAUAUAGCACAGGUUUCCUCGGAAAUGGGCCUGAAGCUUGAGAAUCUUGGCACCGUUAUGACACUUUAUAGCCGAAAAACAUUCAACAAGGAGUCGUUCCAGUGGACUCGUUGUGUCGUGAAGUAUCUGUAUGAUACGUAUGCCCACAUGGGACUCCAUAUGUUGGCGUUCUUGAUUGAGGUUCUGGAGAAAGGACCCAAUCAGGUACAACUGCAGGUUCUCAGCGUGAUCCAUUGUAUGCUGCAUUAUAUCGAUCUGUCGGCAGUCCAGGCACAACCGAUUGCCGGCGAUCUACUUAGAGUGAUUUCCAAGUAUCUUGAUAGCCCCAGCUGGAAGGAAGCGCUGAAAAUUCUCAAGUUGGUUGUCACGAGGAGCUCCAGUUUGCAGGUGGUGCCACAGCAAUCAGAGAGCAGCUCCGCCUAUGCAAACCUGCAUGGCAGUUACUCGGAUUCGGAAGUUUUCUGCAAGAAGGAGCUGGCCGGCCGCACGAUGGAGUUCUCCUUCGAUGUGUCCCAGACGCCACUGAUCGGACGUAAAAUUCUACUGAAAUCCGACGGCGAUAGCAGCGUGAGCGUAAGUGCACCACAGUCGGCUGCCGGUAAAAAUGGUGGAAUGCCAGGUUCGGGAGGUGGAUUUGGCAUUGGCGGGGCUGGUGGGAGCUCGCAUAUCGGACAUGUCGGUACACCAAACUCGCCGCGUAGGAGUGCCAGCCUUUCGCCGGCAGACACUGCACCACUCAGUGGAUGGAAGCGCCCGUGGAUGUCACAGGGUCGUGUCCGGGAGUGUCUGGUGAAUCUGCUGACGACGUGUGGCCAACGCGUGGGACUUCCCAAGAGCCCUUCGGAUGACAUAAUAAGUUCCCUCUACUCCAAGGUCAUAUUCAGUCAAUCGUCAGACUUGCUGGAACGGCAAUCAUCCGCAGCGUCUAGCACCGAUGAAACUUCCGGAGCUCAGCAGGAUCUCAGCGGUGGUUCCAAACGGGACGAUGGCCCUCCGGACUUUGGCGUCUUCAAGGACUUCGAUUUCCUCGAGUACGAGAGUGAGAGUAUCGAGGGUGAAUCGACAGACAACUUCAACUGGGGCGUUCGACGUCGGCCUCUGUCCGAGGGAGAUAGUGAACCGUUGUCCGGUGCCAAGGGUCAUUCCAAUAUUGACGAAAGCUUGAGUGAGAAGACACCAGUAUUAAACCGACGAAAGCGACCCAAUGCGGAUGACUCCAGUGAUGAGGAAAUUGAAUCCGAGUCCCCAUUGGACGAAGAGCAGCGACCGAUCUUCUCCAAAGCUUCAUACCUCAGUGGGCCGCCUACGAGUUUGAGCCUGAGAGAUCGUCGCCAUCGGAGGGAUUCGGUUUCCAGAAGUGAUACAAGUGGAUCCAGCGCUGGAGAUCUUGGGGACAUAACUCCGUGUAACGCUUCCCCCCAUCUUCCGGGGCUGCUUUCAUAUCGGACCCCGAUAAGAGAUGAAAGUGAAGAAGUUUGGAGAAGAAAUCUCGUUGGUUUGUUAGUUAAUCAACCUGCUGGUCAUCCUCCGGAUCUCUUGAACCAACUAUUCAAACUCAUCAAGGAGCUAUCGCACAGAUCGAUUGUGAUCUCAAAAGAAUGCAUGCGUUAUUUCACCGGAACUGGUAUUCAGUUAGGUCAUCGUAUAUCCGUUCUAUCCGAUUUGCUCUCCUCACGAGGAGAGCCACCAAAAAUUUGGUAUCAUCAGAGCUUAGUAACGACACCAAGGUUAUUUGAAAACUUACGCUACGGAGUCCUAGAAGUACAGGAACAUUUAGAAACAUUUUUUGACCGUAAAGAUACUGUCUUAGACAGCCUGGAUACAGUGAAAACCUCCUGUAAACUAGCACUAUUCACCUCCGAUAUAGAUUCUUCGAACGAAGGCACCGGAUCCAAUCUGAUGGCUUCCAUGUCGGUCGAUCCAGCCACAACGGAACUUCUCCUCGAACUCGGUCGUGGUCUUUACAAGUUGAUGUUCCAGCUGUUGCUGCUGAUUGAAGCUGAUCACAAAAUUGCCAUCAGUGUGGUUCAAAAUCUCCGCCAGAACGAGAAAAUGCAAGAUCUUUCCAAUCUGUAUAUGUCCGUUCGAGGGGCCUUGCUGCGUUGCAUCGAUGACGCAGAAAUGGAGUCGCUGGACACGUCCACUUCGACAGAGGGUGAAAACACCCCGACCCCUUCGCCCGGACUUCCGAUGAACAACAGCGAAUUCGAGAACAGUCUCAUCGAGCUCAUCGACAAUCAAAGAUGGUCGGCCGCUAUAAAUCACGUCAAACAGCACAAACAAAUGCUGAAUCUGUCGUCCUCGAAUUACAACCUCUCGGGAACGUCCGGCGGAAGCAGCAGCUGCGGGGGAGGAGCUGGAAGUGGCGGCGGAAAUGGCAGCGGCAUCGGAUUACAGCUGGAUGUGAGCUUCGGCGGCGGAUGUAACACGAGCCUGGUCGAUCUGAAAUCCACCGAUGAUUUAUCUGUUAUCCUGAAUAUAUACUCGCAACGGCUCACCAAGGAACGAAAUGAUGUAUUCAUUGCUUCCCGGUCGGAAAUCGAACUAGGCGAGAUCUACCAGAUACUGAUGGAGAAUCUACUGCACGUGUCAUCGGCACUAUCGAACAUGGAAAUCGGCAUGAAGUCCUCCUCAUCGAACAACAGCAACAACGGAAACAACCCGGCCACGGCCACAAACAGCUCGUCAUCGUCAACGGCAACAACGAUGACAACGAUUCCGAUGCUGGUUCCGCCUGGCGUUCCGGUUUCAUCCUCAGCUAUCUCCCCAAAUGCUUCCUCUUCGUCUUCGGUGGCCGGUGGCGGAGGGCCCGGAAUUGUAGUAGGACCCCCCACAGUUGUGCUCGCAUCAACCAAUCCAUUCAAAGAUACGGUUGACAUAAUCACUACGCUCUAAUCGCAGCACCAGCAAUGACGACGACGACGACGACGACGAUGAUAACGCGCUUGUCAUCAUCGUUCGGGAUGUAACAGGAUGAUUUCGUUAAUUACUUGAAUUUAUCCUGAAUUUGACAGACCGCGAACUGUAUCAGCGGUACGAGUCAUUAAGCGGCCACCCACGCUAAUUCGCAAAUCUUUAUCCGCGGUUGGCAUGAGUGCAUUAUAAAACCACAAACAGUAGCUAGACCGCAAGCCUCAGUCACAUGUACGAAUUAUGAUUGAUUCUGAGGACACUCUAUCUAUCUCCAUCAACUAUUUGAAGGAACAGGAGCUUCAAAAAACAUAAUUUCAUUAUUUUUAAAUACGUUUUUCUUCUGAAACCACCCUCUUCUGCUCAACUGGGAAACUAGUUGCAGCAAUUUGGGCGAAUUCUAAUCAUGACGAUCGUUUGCGAUGGCAAGCGUGAAAGUUUUUUUUUUUAAUUCCAAUGCCAUUUUCGUUGAUAAUGAGGCACGUAAAUAGGCGGUUAGUUUAGAAUUUUACUAUCUACAAAACACAAUUGAGAUUCGCUCGCUUGAGUGCACUUUUUGAAAACCAAUCUCAGACCCUACUAGGCUGGAUUUAAACCACGCACGUAGUGAUGAAAACUUAUUGUCCAUGUGCAUUUUAGGCACAUAACUACGAGGAUAGUCUCAGAACACACACACACACACACACACACUUUGAACAAGUGGAGCUUAUUUCGCAAACAUGUAAUCUUCAUAUUUUACACACUGAUUAAACAUUAGAAUAAA